UUUAAGCCGGUUAACACAGGAACAUAAUCGCGCAACUUUUGAAAUAGCACAGAUUAGAAAAUGCAUGAUAUGCAUUAGAGAUUUUAAAGAGGAUUUUGCAGUCAAAGCCAACUGGAUUAAUGCGGAAGACACAAUUAUAAGUUAG